AUGUUGAAAGGAACUUUAACAGGGAGCAAGAAAUACCCAGCAAACACAAGUAAUAAUUAACAACUCCUGAAUGGUUAUUAGUUUUAAAGGGGCUAUCUCACUAGGAUAUUGCUGUUUAAGGUCAAUUUUGUGCUCAAGUCAUUACUUAGUACCCUAUACCCAUACAAAAAAUCCUGCGGUGUAGAAUUAUAAAGAAUAUACCCAAACUUUCAUCAGGAAGCACUAACCAUAAUAAUUUGUUGGUGAUUUUUGUAGGAAUAACAUGAACACUUAAAAAAAAAAUGGCCCAACUAUUACAAGUUUCAAUCCAUGUCCAUCUUUGACAUCCGAUCCUUGAAUAUAGUCUUUUAGCUUUUAAAAAAGAUAGUAAAUAACGUGGUUUUGCUCCUUUUAAGUUGCAAAUCCUAGAAUGGUCAUAGUUUCAAUCACUUAUAAAAUUCGUAGUCGACUGUUCUCAGAUGUUUUACGAAAAAGAUUUUGCAUUUUUCUUUCUACCGCUAAUAUAAUUGACAAUUAACACCUGAUUCUUUUUCAAUCAUUCCAGAUACUAUAAACUUACCAAAUAUCACGCGCUAGCUAAGACUGAGGUAAUUGUCAUUCCAGUCCACCAUAAAAAUCCCCGCUCAACUGACACUAGCUAGCUUAAACAACCCCUCGUAACUAACGUAUUUUUCAAUGGCAGUGGCGUCGUUAAUAGCAGAAUUUGUUUCUAUUCUCCUUCUUUACCCCCAGUAAUCACUGAUUUUCAAAUGGAUGCAACAAACUACAAGUUCUCCCUAGUAAGCGGUCAGAUGGAAGUGCAACAGGAGGGAGUCUACUAUGUCUUUGCCCAAGUUUUUUUUGAAAAUUAUCCAGACGCUCCUUCAAUCUACCAUAACAGAGUGGAGCUUACUGUCAAUGGAGUUCGCGUAGCGCUGAUGCAAACACCCAUAGGCAACCAUGCAGAUUAUGGUACAGAAUCGUCCGGCGCAGUGGUGAAGCUGAAUGUAGGUGAUCGCAUCGGCUUGAAGACCGUGUACGAAAGUUUCAUCUGGUUAACAGGCGAUCUUACCUUCUUUGGCGCUUAUAGAAUCGAUUUAUCAGAUGAAUGCUAA